UCCUGUAAGCUUUAUCAAUGGCUGGUUUUGGGUUUCUGAACAUAAUCUCUCAAUGGGAUGCAUUGUGGAGACUGCCUGUGGAUUCAGGAUAAAUGUGAGUCUGCAGGAUUUGCCAGAGUUUUAUGUGUCACAUCAUUCAGCGGGCUUGUUUUAGCUGUAGUGCACAGAAUAAAAACCUCAAAGCCUUUACCGUUGAAACAUCCUUCGCUCAGAGUUUUUCGUUCACAGCUCAGGAGACUGUAAGUUCUCAGCUGGGUUUCAUGCAUUAUAAGAAAGAUUUCAGCCUGAAGUCCUGCUCAUCUCCAUCUUUUCAGUGACCAUGUUAAACAUCCCCUCUGACUACAAAUCGCUCAAACAGGAACAGCUAUAGAAAUGCGCUGGACAUCAAUAUCAGCCACAGCGAAGGCAGUUCUGACUCUCUGAAAAUGCAAAUGUGAUGCCAUAACAUCUGCUCUGAUACAUUGAUUGCUUUGUUUUCAUUUGAAAUGGCUGACAAUCAGAUCAGUCUGCCAGCUAAACUCAUCAAUGGAGGCAUUGCUGGACUGAUUGGCGUCACUUGUGUUUUUCCAAUUGAUCUGGCAAAAACACGCCUUCAAAACCAGCAAAAUGGAUCACGUGUAUACACUAACAUGUCUGACUGUCUGAUGAAAACCGUGCGGUCUGAAGGAUUCACUGGGAUGUACAGAGGGGCUGCUGUUAAUCUGGCUCUUGUGACUCCAGAAAAGGCCAUCAAACUGGUCGCCAAUGAUUUCUUCAGACAGCAGCUCUCCAAAGACGGGGAGAAGUUGACGCUGGUUAGAGAAAUGUUAGCAGGUUGUGGUGCUGGGACCUGUCAGGUGAUUAUAACCACUCCGAUGGAGAUGCUGAAGAUCCAGUUGCAGGAUGCCGGCAGAUUAGAGGCCCAGAGGAAGAUGAUUGGUCCGGAUGCUGUAAGGGGCCGGGCCAAAGACCGCACUGUUCAUUUGAAGUCUCCCUCAGCUCUCCAGCUCUCCAGAAAUCUGCUGAAGCACAAAGGCAUCGCUGGUCUCUAUACGGGACUGGGGGCCACUCUAUUACGGGAUGUGCCCUUUUCUAUCAUCUACUUCCCACUGUUUGCUAACCUGAAUAGUCUGGGCAGAAGAAACGCUGAUGGUUCGGCUCCGUUUUACAUCUCUUUCCUGUCCGGCUGUUUUGCAGGCUGCGCCGCAGCGGUUGCGGUCAAUCCUGUGGAUGUGAUAAAGACCAGGCUUCAGUCUUUGUCCCGAGGACAUCAUGAGGACACUUACAGUGGAGUCAGAGACUGUAUCAGUAAGAUUCUCCGUCACGAGGGUCCGUCUGCUUUCUUAAAGGGGUCUUACUGUCGUGCACUGGUCAUCGCGCCGCUGUUUGGCAUCGUACAGGUGGUUUAUUUCCUCGGAGUUGGUGAAUUUGUUCUCAGCCUCCUGCACGGACAAAUACACUGAAUCUUUACUAUGGAUGGAGGUGCUGAUCUUAGAACAGCUACUUGUAUAUGAAAGGAUAGUUCACCCUAAAAUGAAAAUUUACUCAUUAUUUACUAACCCUCACGAAGUUCCAAAGUUUCUUUCUUCUGCUGAAAAAAAAGAAAGAAGAUAUUUAGAAGAAUGCUGAAUAUCUGUAACUAUUAACUCCCUUAGACGGAAAAACAAAUGGAAGUGAGUGGUUUCCAAAUAUUUGUUUUGAACAAGUGGAGGGUGAGUAAAUUAUGACAGAAGAACUAUAAAAUGAAAUAAAAAAAACUAAAUAAACAUGAAUAUAAACAGAACUAUCCCUUUAAAAUGCAGCAGUAAUAACCAAAUGUAAAAAAAAAACAUUGAAAAGAACUACAUUGAAAAUCAAGUUCUAUAGUCGGCACAAUCGACUGAGGGAUAGUUCACUCAAAAAGUAAUUUUGGCCACAUUACAGAACAGCAUUCAGUCUUUGCACAGAAUGCAAACCUGUAAUGCAUUAUAAUGUGUGGAUUAAAAAAGUCCAGAGACCA